GGCCUUGAGGGCCCGGCCUGGCCUGGCCCGGGGAGCCGAGGGAGGGCAUGGCGGAGGCGUCCCGCUUGUAGGCUUUGCUCCAGGACGUAGCUGCGGCCGAGCGCGGCCUCCCCGCCUGAUUGGCCGGCGCCCCCCGCCGGGCCAAACCCGAGUCCCCACCCUCAGGCCUCGGAAUCCGGCCCUCGACACCUGCCCCCCCCCCAAAGCCCCUUCUCACCUUCGUGCCCACACCCCUGCCCCCUCAGUCCAAUUGCCACGAAACGCCCCUCCUGCCAGAGCGCUUGCCUACGCAUUGCCUGCCCCCAGGUACCCUUCCACCCAAUACCUCCCUCCCAGAGCCCUCGCCCGCCGAGGGCUCCCUACCAGUGCUCCCCACCAGAGCCCUUGCCUACCCCCAAGCCCCCCACCCAAUGCCCCUAUCCCAGACUCCUUGCAUACCCAGGGCCCCCCUACUCAGUGCUCCCCUCCCAGGGUCUGCCCCAGGCUCUAGGAACCCUAGCCCACCCACUGUCUGUUCUCAGGGACCCCCUCCCAAGGUCUCCCACCCCACUGGGUGUCUGCCCCAGGCUCCCCACCCAGAGCCCUUUGCCCACCCAGUACCUGUCCUUAGGGCCCCCCACUCAGUGCCCACCCCAGAUCUUUCUCCCAGAGUCCUAGGCUCUAUGACUGCUCAUCCCCAGGACCUGUGUCUGUUUUAGACUCCUAUUUACCAGUGCCCAUUCGAAAGGCCCUUCCAGAGGAGUGCCCUCCUGCCCUGGGACCUGCACUCAGCGCCCUCACCCUAGCUUUUCCUCCAGUGCUCCUACCUGCCCCUGAAUCUACCUCCAGUGUCUGACCACAGAGAUCCUGCCCACCUCCUAGCCUGGUCCUAAUGCCCCUCCCUUCCCCAGUGUCCAUCCCCUGAUCCCCUCCCAGAGCCCUCUCCCUCUAUAGUGCCCCUGUCCGUGCUGGAAUAUGGUUUGCCCUGUGCCCACCCUUCCUCAGGGCUCAACUUCAGUGCCCCUGCCUGCCCAAGACUCCUCCUCCACCGGGCCCAGUUCCAGAACCUCUCCCUGCCCUUGGGGACCUACUCAGGGUCCACUUUCCAGUACCCCUGGCUGCCCCAUCAGUUCUGGUUGCCCCAGGAGCCAACCCCAGUGUCUUUGAUAGUUCUCAGUGACAACCCUGAGCUGCUGCCCGUCCCAGUGCCCAUUCCCAAUGCAUUCACCCUAGAGCCCUUGUUUUCCUGAAUGCCCUCCUCAGUGCUCUUGCCUCCUCCAGCUUCAGAUCCCAUUCACUAGUGGCCACUCCGAGAACUCUUGCUUGCCCAGAACCCAAUCCUAGUGUGACUCCAGAGCCUAAUCUCAGUGCCCACCCUGUGAUCCUGCUAAACGGAGAUAAGCCUAGUCUCAGUGACCACCAGUAAAGUUUCUGCCUGUCCCAGAAGCCAUUCCAGGGCCUCUCCUAAGAACCUUUGCCUCCUCCAGUGUCUUAAGGCCUCUUGACUGCUCUAGGGUCCAUCUCCAGUUGCCAGAGCUCGGCCCCACUGCCCACCUUCAGUGCCUGUGUCUGCCCCAGACUCCUGGCCUUCCCCAGACCGGAUCCACUGAUCCUGCUGGUAUCAGGACCUGCCCCCAUGAAGCCCGUGGCCUGUUUCAGAGUAGAGGCCUUGCCCGAAUGCCCACUGCCAGUGCCCCUACUUUCCCCAAAGUCCUAGUGGCCCUGCCUGCCCAAGGCCACCUCUCGGUGCUCACCCUUUGAGUUCGCCUGUCCCAGAGCUUGCCCCAGAGCUGGGCCUUAGUACCCACCCCAAACAUCCCUGCUGCAGACCUGUCUCAUCCCAGAACCUGGUCCCAGCACCCACUCCGAAUACUCGCCUCUGACUUUAUGCCCUUCCCAGUGCCAACCUAGAAUGCCUGGUAGCUCGACACCCCACUUCCAACUCCCUCGGCACUCACCCCAGUCCCCACCUUACCAGUACAAAUUCCUCUGCUUUUUCUAUCCCCAGUACCCCCCAGUGCCCCCGAGAACCUGUGUGCCCUAGAUCCUCUCUGCCUGCUCCAGGGCUUGCCUCUGGUGACUCUUCCUGCCCCAGAGACAGCCCAGCCUCAGGGCCUACCCCCAAGCCAGUCUCCACAGCACCUGCCCAUCUGAAAGCCUGGUCCUACUCAGUGCCCGUGACUGCCCCACAGCAUCUGCCUUCCCAAUGCCCACUCCAGAGCCCCUGAUCUCCCCAGCGACCACCCCUAGAGUUGCCAGUGCCUCUUCCUGCCCUAGAUUUCAGCCCCAGUGGUCUUGUCUCCCAGAGCUCAAGCCCAGGACCCUCCUGCCUUGAGUCUAUGUCCACUCCAGGAACCACCCCCAGAACACUUGCCGGCCCUAGAAACCAUUUUCAGAGACUUCUUUCCCAGGGGCCUUCCCUAUCCAAGGAUUUUCCUCCAGCGCCCACCCGCAGAGCCUUCUCCACCCCAGAGGCUGGUUGCAUAACCCACUCUGCCCCAGGAUCCAGCCCCCAGUACUCAUCUCUGAUGCUCUUGCUCUCCCCAAGGCCCCUUUCUGUUCUAGAAGCCCUGCCUACCUCAGGGACCAUCCUCAGAGCCUUUCCCCACCCCAGAGCCUGUUUCCAGUGUCCAUCCUAUGCUCUAAUGCUGAGUUCAGAUCCUCUGCCUUAGGUGCCUAUCCCAGAAACUCCCCGCAGUGUGUCAGGGCCUUGCUGCAGUGCCCCUGUCUGCCCCAGAUCCUAGUCCUUCCCCAUGCCAAUCCCUAGAGAGCCCAGCUGCCCUAGAACCUGUCCCCAUUGUCGCUGAUUCUCCCAGUGCUCGCCUGCACCCCCCCACUCCCAGGGCCCCGUCUGCCCCAGGCUGAUCCCCAGCCUGCUCUAGGCUUUGACCCCAGUGCACAUCUCCAGCCGCCCUUGCUGCUCCAUGGUUUAGGACCACAUCCACUGCCCAGUCCUAGCGGUAAUCCCCAGCGUCCUUGUCUUCUCCAAAGGUGCAGCCCUCGGAAUCUGCGUGUUCCAGAGCUCACCCCAGUACCAAUCUUAAUCGCUCCUGAGCCUGGUUUCAUAGCUCACCCCCAGAAACCCCCCACUGCAGAAUUAGUCCAGGAGCCUGCUCCCAGCACCUACCUGCAGAAACCUUGUCGUCCGCAGUGCCCUUGGCAGCUGCAAGGACCACCAUCCUCUGGGCCACUGACUACCCGAAGAGGCUGCUAGAGCUUCUACCAAUCUCAGAGCGGGUCCCAGUGCCCUGCCUCUCCUGGAGCCUGCCCCCACACUCGGUCUAAGAGCCUGCUGACGACUCCUGGAAUCUCCGCCACAGAACCAGAACCUAGCGUUCUGCCUUAGAGCCUGCUGCAGACACCAUCCAUGAAAAUGGCACAAGCACAUCGGAAAAAGUAUCGACUGUCCAAAAGUGGAGAGACUCUCUAUGAAGUGCUGGAAUUGCCUCGGGGAGCAAAACCUGAAGAGAUCAAGAAAGCCUACAGGAAAUUGGCACUGAAGUACCACCCAGACAAGAAUCCAGAAGAUCCUAAAGCGGAAGAGCGGUUCAAAGAGAUCAAUGCAGCUCAUUCGAUACUUGCUGAUCCUGAUCAGCGCCAGAUCUACAAUAUGUACGGUGCCAUGGGCCUAUAUAUGGCUAACCAGUAUGGUACAGAAACUGUCAAAAUCUGUUUCAUUGUGACCAAGUGGUGGUUCAAGUGCCUGGUCCUCUUGUGUACACUUCUUUCUUGUUGUUGCUGCUGUUGCUGCUGCUGCUUUUGCUGUGGGAAGAACGCACCAUCAGAGUAUGAGCGUUUUAAGUCUACCAGUGAUCUGCAGACACAACCUCCAGACACAAAAACGCAGACACAAUCUCCAAGGACAGGUGAAACUGAAGAUGCUUUCUUCAAUCUGAACAUAGAAGAGGAUGAAAAUGAAAAGGCACAAAAUGCAGAAACUGGACCGAAAUAGUAUUUAAGGAGAAGAGAAGAAAAGGGGCUAAGGCAAAUAGUGAAAAAACUAUAUAACUAUUGUAUUUUGAUUACAAGUAAAUAAUAAAAGAGUUUUUUUUCUGUA